UGCUGAACCUCUCUCCUGCUCUGUGGCCUGAUGAAUAUUUCGUUAUUCCAUACCAAGUGAAACAGCUUUUGGCAUGGGGGCCUGGGCUCCUUUCCCUCAGCUUCCUGAGAACACACACUGCAGCCUGCUGAUUAGAGCACUUUUCCCAGAGAAAUGAGUUGGUUUGCUUGGACAGUGUCAGCCCUGCUGAGUGACACUUCCCAUGACACUUCUAUGCUACAGAGUGUGGUUGCUCUGCAAGCUCCUCCUCCAUUUCAAUGAGGACUAUACCUGCACCAACGAAACCUUUUUCCAGUUUAGUGUAGAAUGGUACAGCCAACCACAAGAAAUGGCCCUUCCUCUGUGGAAGAACUUACUUCAGACUACAAAGGAAAGGAUACUACAGCAGAGAAGGUUGUCACUGUAUAAUGGUGCUCAUGGCUAUGAAGAAGAAUUGAUAAAGAAGAAACUUCAACAGUUUGCUGGUGGAUCCAUCAACCUCUCCAAAGAAGACAAUGGCAUUGGAAUACUUACCUUGAACAACCCGAAGUUAAUGAAUGCUUUUUCAGGUACUAUGAUGGUAGAACUCCAGGAGAGGAUAACUGAACUGGAAAACUGGAAGGAUGGCAAAGGCCUUAUUGUCUAUGGUGCAGGAAACACGUUUUGCUCAGGAUCAGAUUUGAAUGCUGUCAAAGAAAUAUCCAACUCCCAGGAUGGGAUGAAUAUGUGCAUGUUUAUGCAAAACACCUUAACCAGACUUAUGAGGUUGCCUUUGAUCAGUGUUGCACUAGUCCAAGGAAAAGCUUUUGGAGGAGGAGCAGAACUUACCACGGCAUGUGAUUUCAGGUUGAUGACGCCUGGAAGUGAAAUUCGGUUUGUCCACAAGCACAUGGGUCUGGUGCCAGGCUGGGGAGGAGCUGCCCGGCUGGUGCGGAUCGUGGGCAGUGGGGCAGCCCUGCAGCUGCUGAGCGGGACUGCCCGGGUGGACCCCGAGAAAGCUUUGCGCCUGGGAUUCUCAGAGCAGACCCUGUCGUCUUCAGAUGAAACCAGGGCCUUAGAAGAAGCCCGAGCCUGGCUGAGUCAGUACACAGAGGGUCCAGUCAGUGUGAUACGGGCUAUGAAAAAGGUGGUGACAGCAGGAAGAGAGCUCCCACUGGAAGAUGCCCUAAGGACAGAAAAGGACAUUUUUGGAACUGUAUGGGGUGGGCCUGCCAAUUUGCAGGCAUUGGUUAGAAGACCAAAACAUAAAUGAUGGUCAAUGUAUAAGAAAUGUUCUUGACCUUUUUGCAGACAAAGCUUUCACUAAAGCAGGCAUUGAACUUGAAUCAUUUAAGGAUUUGCCCAUUUAAAACUGGCAUUAAGAUUCCUGCCAUUCACUUCAGACAGUCAUAUUUGGUGUGCAACCACAGAGAAAUCCCUGGCAGGUUCUUUACUGUCCUAAUCACCCACUGAAUGGAGAUCAGUGAAAUUAGUAUGUAAAGGUAAAUAUUGUGCUGAGAAUAGAACUAUAAUUCUUUUGGAAUGAAGCUGAAGAUUAUUUUCUUUGGAGCUAAUUUUUUCUAACUGGUAUGGAAAUUAAUUUCUUGAAAGUUAUAAUGUUUAUUUAUUUGCGGAACAGGUGCAUCUAAAGUUGCAAAAUAUGAGUUCCCCAACAUGAGACCAGUGUCUUUAAGCAGCUUGGAAAGGAUAAUAACCAGUGAGAGGAUAGGUUUUAUGUUUUCAUCUCUACUCAGUUCUUCGCUAUCCAAGGAUACUUCAAUUUUAAUGGUGUUUUUACAGAAGAAGCUUUAACUUACUGAGACCUUCUAGCCCUCAUUCACUGACACUGAUUCAGGUUUUUAAAUGCAUUUAGGAGUAUUCUCACUGCUCAAGGAAUCAACUACCUACACAUGCAUCUGCACAUGCCCAUAUCCUGGACCUGCGCAAAGCUGCUGACCUGGUUCUUUACAUAGAAUCUAGUUGAAAUCUUGGAAGGACAUGAUGAAUCAUACUCCCAAAUGGGAUGUCCUUAACUGACCGGGUGUCAGAGUACUUCAGCAUCCUGGUUAGAGAAGAGACAGGAAUGAGAACAUGGGGAGAUAGUGUUCUGGUUUGUGCCUCUUUCUCCCCCUGCCCUUUUUUAUUCAAUAGCUCAGUUGUUAGUCCCCUGUGUAGCUGGAUUCUUUCCUGUUCCCUAGAGGACUUCAAACCCAUUACUUCACAGCUAUGAAUGUUUUAAUAUAGUCCGGCUGCACUUGACUGUUUAGUAAUGAAACUGUUCUGCUUUUCAUGGAGUUCCUCAAGACUCAUGAGAGAUUCCAGACUGCCAGCAUCACUGAACCUUCAAAGCAUGCUCCAGCCCAUACUCAUCCAGCUUUUUGUAGCAAUAGCACAUCACGUUGAUGUGAAUUAAAAUAAAUGUGCUUUAAAGGGCAACCGGUUAUGUCUUUGCUAGUAGCAAGAACAGAUUUGCAAAUACUAAUACCCUAAUGACAUUUUUUAAAUGGGUGUGAAAAUUGCUUAGAACCUGAGCAAGACUCUUGAUUUUUUCUUUAGUGUAUUAGGCUCAUAAAGGUAUUGUGUACUGGGUGAUGCAAAUUUGAAAAGGUGGAAAUUGUAGCAAAAAAGCAGAAUUUGGUUUCCUUCACAUUUUGAACCAGAUCUGUGCUGCCAGUAAGCGAAACUCCGUAUGUACUCAGUAUUGGGGAUCUCUUUCCAUUUUGAUUUGAGACAAUGAGCUUAUUUCUCAUUUCAGCAAAUGCAUUUCCCCAGCCACCCUCUCUGACUUGUAUCAAAGGUAAACAUUUGCUUCUAAGAAAACAGGACAAAUAUUUAGCUAGUACAGAGCAAGACACACUCAGACAGAAACUCAUUUUGUUAAUAUCAUAAAUAUACCAAACAUAGGUACGGGACAUUCUGAAGAUCAUUACAGGUCUUGAUCAAGGAUUUUGUGAGUACUCUAAUACCAUAUUCUCUGGUCUAUUUUCUAUUUGAAAAGGUAUUUUAGAGCCCUUCACAUGAAAACCAGCCCAAGUAAAUUACCAUGAGUGCUAGGAUGAGAGCUCCAGACUGAGAUGAAAUGGAAUCCUGUUUUCCCCCUUUGAAAGCUAAAUGCUUUAUUUCACAGAAUACUUGCUUAUCAUCUUAAAGUGACAAAUACCUGUAACCAGCAGCUGAUAAGCAUUUGUAUUUUCUUUAUUAAAAGACUACAAGCUUCCUCUCAGAUUUUUUCCCCUUCUGAAACUGCUUAAAAUCAAACAAGCUCUAAAUGCACAAAAUAAAUUAGAAACAUCAAAAUUGAUAGUCCCAGUCUCCUAAUUAAAUAGCAUGCUAGCUUUUGUACUUCCUAGGGACUAGUUUGCCAGUUCCCUCCUCAGCAAACUAAGCUUCCUGUUACAUUGUGAAAUGCCCAUCUUGUUCUUUCCCCUGUGUAGUGGAUCACACUGAGGGCUUAAUGGGGGUGUGGAUUCUGCACCAAGCAUUUAAGGGUUGGGUACUGGAGAUCACCUUUAGCAAUAUAAAUACUUCUAUCUUAUUUGCUGCUGAUAGAAAUAUACUAAGCAAAUGGUCAAUCUAGAUAAGCAAGGUGUUCUUGCAGAAUGCUUGGUUCAAUAUCUGAUUUUUUUUUUUAACCAUGACAUAGGAUUCCUGUAUCUGUAGUUAUCUGUUCUCCUGGAAAUGAAGAUUUGCUGUAGAUUACAUAGUAUUUAAAUUUCCUUUUUCCUUCUG